AUGUCUCUCACAAUGGCCGACUCCACCCCCCAAGAGCCCGAGUUCUACCGCUUCGAGCCCACCUCGGACUCGCCCAACAAUGUCAUGCCCGUUCUGGUCUACCGCUCCGCCUUCUCCACCACCAUGGCCAUCGGCGAGCUUCGCAACAUCAUCCAGCGCAACCGCUGGCACCCUGACGGCCACUCCGAGGUCAACAAGACCCCUCUGUUCAACUCCUCCAUGCACGAGAUGCACGCCAUCGUCAGGGGCCGGUGCCAGCUGCUGGUUGGCGGCUCUCAGUACGGUCCUCCCCCCGGCAUGAUGAUCUACCUCUCCGCCGGCGACAUCAUCGUCUAUCCCGCCGGUGUCAGCCACUGCGUUGUCAACGCCGAGAACUACGAAUACGUCACCUUCCUUCCCGAGAAGAGCGGAAAGCGCGACAGCUGCCAGCCCAGGGCCUUCAACCCCAAGGAGAUGAAGCAGCUCCAGAAGAACAUCAGCAAGGUCUUCUGCCCCAAGCACGACCCCCUCAGCGGCAAGGAGGGACCUUUGGUUGAGAUCUGGAGGCUCGCCGUCGUCCAGGACAACAUCGCUGCCAACUGGUGGUAA